AUGUCAGAUCCACAGCCAACCUCUCGCCGCAGGUUCAAGACUCGCAUCCUGAGCUCCUCCGAGCAGGUGCUCCAAAGAAUAGAGCCCGUCCAGCCAUUACGACCCAUCUUGUUCCAGUCCACAGUGCCGGACGACGCCACACGCUCCCUGCCUGUGCAGACAGAUGUCCAGCCCGCGCAGAAUGAGACUGCUGUUGGAUCAGACCAGGCCUCAAUCUCUGCGGCAAACAGUUCGCCACCGAAAGAUAUCUGGAUCCCUUCGACUAUGGUAGGUAAUGAUUGUGGUGAAUUAUGGACAGGAACCAUAUUAGCGGAACCGACUUUGUCUACCCAAAAAGACGAUGACGCAGCUCUUCUCAGGCAUUACUUUUCCAAUGUUUGCCGAGUCAAUUCGUGCUUUGACUCCCACAAGAACUUCUUCCGUGCCGAAGUGGGAUCCCUGAUAAGCUCCCGUCCUCUGAUUCACUACUGCGUACUGUCCAUGUCCGCCGCCCAUCUGACGGCAAGACAAAGAGAUAUGUUGACGAUCACGCUGCGGCACCGGACAGAAGCACUAUCCUGCUUGAAAGCUAGAAUCACACAGGGGGUUUUGACACAAGAAAUAAACAAUGGAUCACCACUCGAUAACGUUGCCGAGAUCUUAAUUGGUAGCAUACUCUUGGGCAUGACAGAGGGGUGGCAUGAUCCCACUCAACUCGGGGUCACACAUCUCCGUGGUGCACGCACGUUGUUCCGGAAAUGGAUUACUACCGUCCCGGCAUGCUGCCCUCGGACCAGAACUAUGAUUACGGGCAUUAUGUCCUACUGGGAAGCAGUCGCCUCGUUUGUACACAACCAGUCCCUAGACUCGAUAUCCUACCUCAUGCCAUUCUCCUUCGAGACAUGCCAUGUAUACGUCAAUCCAUGGACAGGGAUCUGCACGCCACUUUUUAUACAUUUGGCCCAGAUUGGUAUAUUGACAAGGCAGCGAUCGCUAGCCAGACAAUUGCCUGUAGGCUUUUGGGGCCAUGUAGGCCCCGACAUGCUUGAACGGGCUAAAGCCAUUGAAGAUGCGCUCCAAUCCUACAGAACCCUAUCAAUCCACCAGAUAGAAGACACAGCUGAUUCCCGGACGCCUGUCGACCACCUCCAGCGAAUUGCAAGCAUCUACCGGCUUGUAGGAUUACUUCAGCUCUACAUGACCUUCCCUGAACUGCAUGGAGCCCACUCUGUGGAUUUUAGCCUAACCCACAGCAUCUUGGGCCUGGCCACCAAUGUGCUAACCACCAUUGGCGUGCUUCCCCACACGUCUGGGGUUUACUGUUUGCUCACGAUUCCAUUGAUUAUCGCGGGUAGCGCUUUGCAACUUCCUUGUUUCUCGUCGGACGUCCCCACUUCCAUGUUGCAGCAAGAUACCUAUCUCUUCUGGAGGAACUUCGUGCGGGAGAGGGUAAAGACCGUUCAGGAGAUUGUAGGACUCGUUACCAUUGGCCGCGCGCAGAAGAUCCUCGAUAAGGUGUGGUUUCUAGCCGACAUGCGGAGGGCCGCUGAGGAUCCUGACCAGGAAUGGGAGUACAUCCAGUGGACCGAGGUCAUGAGCUCCGAGAAUUUGGAGUCAAUCUUUGGUUAG